AUGGCUGAAUACGUUGUAACCUUUGUUUUGGAUAAAAUUGCCAGCUAUCUGAUAGAGGAAGCUAAUUCAUUGUCUGACAUACAUGAUGAGGUUGCUUCGAUAGAAGGGGAAUUAAGGCGAAUGCAAUGCUUCCUUAGAGAUGCAGAUUCGAAACAGGUUGCAAAUGAAAGAGUCAGAAAUUGGGUGGCAGACAUAAGAGAUGUUGCAUAUGAUACUGAGGAUGUUGUUGAAUAUUACAUCUUUAGAUUGGCCCAACGUAGGAGAAAAGGAUUCUUCCCAUUUUUCAAAAGGUAUGUUUUCUCCAAUGAGUUGAUUUUGCGUCGUAAGGUUAGGGAACAGAUCAAAGGGAUUAGGAUUAGACUUCAAGUUAUAACUAACAGUAGAUCAACUUAUGGGAUUGAAAAUAUUGUUGAAGCGAGUCAAAAAGCAGGUUUUGCAGCUGGCAGUCUUCAAGAGAAGAGACGAUCCUCUCCUUAUGAUUGUGAAGAUGAUGUCAUUGGUCUUGCUGAAGAUACAAAAGCAGUUGAAGCGCAGCUGAUUUAUGGAGAGUCCCGGCUAUCUGUGAUUUCAAUUAUUGGCAUGGCAGGCAUCGAGGACAAGAGAGAGUUUUCCAUAUCAAAGGCCAAGGAGGAUCGUUUUCUUGAAGUUGUCCAUGAAGAUUCAAGCGACAGUUUUCCUACAGGAGGUCAUCGAGUUGGCAUUCAUUUUGAUAUUCGAAAUUUGAAAAGAUAUAGACUAUUGCACGUUCUUGAUCUGGAAGGUGUUUACUUGCCUAAUCUGGAUUGUGCUGUUGGAGAUCUCAUUCAUUUGAGGUACUUGGGCUUGAGAGCAACUUGGUUAAGGAAGCUUCCAUCUUCAAUAGGAUACCUUGUCAAUUUGCAGGCUCUUGACUUGAGAUCUACUUUAAUAGACCUUGUUCCAUUUGGUAUAUGGAAGUUUCGACAUUUGAGAAAUCUAUAUCUGAAUGAGCAGAAAGAGAUGGUGAUCAAUCCACCCAAGGGCCCAAUUCUGGCUAAUCUCCAGAUGUUGCGUGGGAUACGCAUUGGCUCCAAAAGCCGUGUGGAGGGUGGCUUGGACAAGUUGACAUUCAUCAGGGAAUUAGAGCUGCGUGGAGCAUUGCAUUUGCAAGAGGAGGCUCUAGCUAAAUGGAUUUCUUCAUGCAAAAACCUUGAAUGUUUGAAGCUUCAUGAUUUUUCUACAUUUGGAAACUUUGGCAAAACAUACAUGUCUAUUCCCAAUUUGAUGACAUUUUCAGGUCAUUGCCGUCUUUUUAAGCUGCAUAUUGGAGGAUUUAUCAAAAAGCUACCUGAUUUAGAAGAUUUCCCACCAUACCUAACUGAACUAUCAUUAGAAGGUUCCUUUUUGUUGGAAGACCCUAUGCUGAAGCUGGAGAAGCUUCCAAACUUGAGAGUUCUAAAGUUAAAACAAUCUUCAUUCGUGGGGAAAGAAUUAAUUUGUUCGAGAGGAGGUUUUACUCAACUUCACUUCUUAAAGCUUUCUUUCCUUUUUGUGGAGAAACUGAGGAUAGAGGAUGGGGCUUUAAGCAACCUCAGGCAGCUAGAGAUCAUCGACUGUAAACAAAUAAAGAUUGUUCCAAAUGGAUUGCAUCCUAUCGCAGAGGGGAGAACUGGUUUAGAAUUCAUCAAGUACCUCCAGUUUAAGGCUUCUCAUAGAGAUUUGCACUAG